CUCUUCCGGAAUCUCCAUGUGAACGGACCGUCCUCAGCAGCGCUGAAGCGGAGCGGCUUCCGGGCAGUAUGUAGCAGCUGGGAAACAUGGCGGAGGAGCUGCUGGAGGCGGUGGAGAAGUUGCAGUCAAGGCUCUCAGAGAGCCAGGAGCCUCGGAAGCUUCUGAAGACACUCAAGAGGUUGGGGGAGCUGCCCAUGACCGUGGACAUCCUUGUGGAAACCGGUAUUGGGAAGACUGUAAAUUCUCUGCGCAAACAUAAUAUUGCAGGGGAGGCAGCAAAGAACCUUGUGGCCAAGUGGAAGAAGCUGGUUCCCCAGUCUGGUGAUAGACCCAGUAACCCAAGGGAGGGCCGUUCUCACUCACGGACAGACGAUAACAGAGGGUACAGACACGCCAGGGAACCUUCACCAGAGGAGCCGCCACCUGUAGAGGAACAGGAGGAGGAAGAGGUGGAGGUGGAGGAGGAGGAGGAGGAAGAAGAAGAAUAUCAGCAAUCCUACCAUGAAUCCCCUCCACAGCACUACAGCCCCCAGGACAGCAGGGCACACGAAUAUGAGUCAGAAGAGUAUGAGAGCCCAGUAGAGGAACCGCCGCCUAGUCCUCCCCGGAAAGAAAUCAAACACAGCAAGCUGCAUAAGGAGUCCACAAGAGAACACAGCUCUCACACCUCCAGGGAACAGGAGAGACACAAGCAGUCUGCACAGACUUCAAGCAGUACCAGCAAGUCACGAAUACGUAGUGAUGAGAGAGAGCUAAAAGGUGGCUCUACACACACAUCAUCUAAACACAGUCGCCACUCCGGCCCACAUGAAAGUAAACGAGAAAAGAAAGGAGUCAGUGAUGGGAAGCCUAGGGAAAGAAAGGAGAAACCAGAGCCUUUGCAGGAUGAAGAGGACGAACCUUUCGAGGCUCCCACUAUGUCUUUUGAAUCAUUUCUUACCUAUGACGAACCUUCCCCUAUUAAAAAGAAGAAGAAACCUUCUCGACCACCUCCACCUGUCAUCCCUGUCCCUUCAGUGUCCAAGUCCAGCAAAUCCAAUGGAACUCGCAGCAAACGGCCUGAGCCAGCUGUUCCGUCAGUGUCCUCAUAUACAGUGCCAGAGAAACGCAGAAAGGUAGUUGAUGUGAUGCCCACUCUCCCCGACAUCUCUUUGCCAGCUAUUCAACCCAACUACAGACCACUACCCUCGAUAGAUGUCACCCCGCUGUCCCCACAGAGACGUAAAGUCCCCGUAUCAUGUGAGGAAGAGGAUGCUGGAUUUACAGGACGGCGUUUCAACUCUAAAAUGGUGGUUUACUCUGGCUCGAAGACUUCAUACCUGCCCAAGAUGAUGACACUGUAUGAACAGUGCAUUAGAGUCUUGCAGAACAAUAUUGACUCAAUUGAUGAAGUUGGAGGUGUGCCUUUUGAGAUUUUGGAGCCCGUUUUGGAGAGAUGUACUCCAGAACAGCUUUACCGUAUUGAGCAGGUUAAUCGGUAUUUCAUGGAAGAAACAGAUGAUCUGUGGAUGAAGCACUGCCAGCGGGACUUUAAGCGGGAAUCUCCUCAGGAGUAUGAAUCUUGGCGAGAGCUGUAUUUGCGCCUGCAUGAUGAACGGGAGGAGCGUCUGCGUAUGCUCACUCAAAACAUCAGCUCUGCUCAUGCCAACAAACCCAAAGGUCGACAGGUAAAGAUGGCAUAUGUAAAUUCGGUUGCAAAGCCCCCUCGUGAUGUCCGGAGGCGGCAGGAGAAGUUUGGCACUAAAAGUGGCUCUACCAGUGCCAGUGUUUCUGCUGCAGCUCCAACUCCAGUGAAAAUCAGACCUCCAAUGUCCUACAGUUCCCACAAUCAGUCAAGUGAAGGUGGUCAGUCUUCCUUUAGCAGUCCUCCUGAGUCCUCUCGUUCUUCUGCUCCUAGCAGCAGUGCUGGCCCUAGUGCCAGAGACAAACCACAGGUCAAAAAAAUUGCCCCUAUGAUGGCUAAAACUAUCAAAGCAUUUAAGAACAGAUUCUCUCGACGGUAAAAACAGAAGAAUGACUGGAUUUCUGUUCUGGGAGAAAAUGUGGAGUGUGAGAGUGUAAAGUCAAAUCUCAUUUUAAUGUAAAGCCUCCUCUCCUCUUAUGGUUUUAUGCUUUUAGUUGUAUUCAUUUCUGAUCACUGGAAGAAGGGGAAAAAAUUACACACAAGCAAGCAGUGUUAUGGCAUGUAGGUAUUUGUCACACUUUCGACACAAUCACAAUCUGUACAGUGGAUCAUUACACUACGAAGGGACAGUGAAUUUUAGUGGCAGUUUAGCCAUAUACAUAUUUAAUUGCCGUUGCAAGCAAAGAAUUCAGAAACUUUGCUCUUCAUAAGAUUAAAUUCCCCAUAGUAGUGAGGUUAUGAAGAUAUGUUGUUUCUCAGCUUUAUUUAAUUCAGUCAUGGAUGUGCGUAUGCUAAUAUGAAUGGCAGUGAAUGAUGAAAUCACCCAUGAGAGGAGAGGGAGGGGAGGAAUCAGUGAAUGAUCUGGACCCUACUUUCCCGCUUGACUGUAUUUAUUUUCAGGCCAUGGACAUGGUUUCCUUAACUUGGCCCUGAAUGAAACAGGAUCAAAACAGUAAUUUUAAUAGAUUUUAAUAAAUGUUAUAUGUACAUUUUUAAUAAACUCAGCAUUUGCCCUCA